AUGAUAAACAAAAGCACUCUUCCUCCAUCUCCACACCCCUCUUUCCUGGCGCUCCCCUUAUCAUAAUUCCCAAGCCAUUGACCCUUUGUCCACUCAUAUUCUCACACACAUUGUGUGUGUAUAUAAACACACACAUGCGUGUGCUUGAAAGAACAAACCUUGAUGAUGUUUACAUCUUACCAUCCAAAAACCUUCCUUCACUCCAACUCCACUUGAAUAAAGUUUGUAACUUUCACACAUUUUGUGCAUUUCUUUUGUAAUCUACAGCUGAUUCUACUAAAUUUAGCAAACCCCACCAAACUAUUCUUGAGUUUUUUUUCAUUCUUUCUUGAAUUUUGGUUGUGUCAUUUAUCAAUAAUGACAGAUGUUAUAGUACAAUCUUCACCUAGUCACAUUUCUUCACCUCAAAGCUCCAUACCCAUCUCAGAUAAUGAUGUGUUUCACCAACAAACAUCUUCAUUUAUUCACACUACUAGUCCUGUAGAUUUGCACAGAGCUGAGGAGGAAGAGGGUAUAUUUAGAGAGAGAAAGAGGAGAGAGAGGGAGGAGGGAGAUCAGCUGUCUUUAUUGGGUGUUUGGUUUACAGUGUUUAGGAAGUCCUUAAUUGCUUGUAAGAGUAGUGAAAGUGUUAUCGAAUCUAUGGAGAUUGGUGUACCUAGAAAUGUUAGACAUGUUGCUCAUGUUACUUUUGAUAGAUUUAAUGGCUUUCUUGGUUUGCCUGUUGAGUUUGAACCUGAGGUUCCCAGGAGGCCUCCCAGUGCAAGCACAAGCGUCUUUGGGGUUUCUACAAAAUCCAUGCAGCUUUCAUUUGACUCCAGAGGAAACAGUGUGCCUACAAUACUCUUAAUGAUGCAAAGACGUUUAUAUUUGCAAGGAGGCCUGGAGGCAGAAGGAAUAUUCAGAAUUAACGGUGAAAACAGCCAAGAAGAGUACAUUAGGGAAGAACUAAAUAGAGGUGUGGUGCCAGAGAACAUAGAUGUACACUGCUUAGCCGGUCUCAUUAAGGCAUGGUUCAGGGAACUUCCUAGUGGAAUAUUGGACUCUCUAUCACCAGAGGAGGUAAUGCAGGCCCAGACAGAAGAGGAGUGUGCUAGGCUUGUGACGCUCCUUCCAUCAACAGAAUCUGCUCUACUAGACUGGGCAAUUAAUCUAAUGGCUGAUGUCGCUCAACUGGAAACUUUUAACAAAAUGACUGCACGUAAUGUAGCUAUGGUGUUUGCACCAAACAUGACUCAGAUGGCAGAUCCUUUGACGGCACUAAUGUAUGCAGUCCAAGUGAUGAAUUUCCUCAAGACUUUAAUUGAGAAGACAUUGAAAGACAGAGAAGACUUCAUUGCAGAUGCCGCCCCAUCCCACUUGGAGCCAUCUGAUGAAGAUGGUCAUAACAGCUUUUCACAGCCAACAACUAUUGAGGCAAAUAAGACAGAUGAAGAUGAACAAGUAUUCAUAUGCAAAGCCUUCCAGAAAACUCCUGCACACCCUUCCCAGGGUGACUCUUUUACCGUAAAAGAUACUAAUGGUUCUCACAGUUAUAUUGAGGAUAUAAUUCCACCUGGAAACAGCCAUAUGACUGAUCAUAGUCUUAAUGAAUCUCCAAGUCAAUUUGACACCAAGUCAGAUACAUGCGAAGAUAAUGAUAAUAAGAUAUCAUCAAAAGGAACUCCAUUGAACAUGUCAAAAACCAGAAAUGGGCAAUCAAGUAACUCAAGUUUCAAAAGAUGGUCCAGGAAAAGCAAUGAGCGGCCUAUGGUUCCUGAAGCAGCAGACAAGAGCCGUGGAAGCACCAUUAUUAGUCGCUUAAAUUCAAGAAUGGAGCGUGUUGAAGCCUGGCGAUGAAUAUUAUCCUUAAUGUCAUCAUAAAGGAUGGCAGGAUUGUUGUUAUAUCUCUACUGACUGGUAGUGGAACAAGUAGGAGAGUGUGCAUUGUGGUUUGAAUAUCUUGUUUAUGGUUCCCAUUUGUGUUUAUUACACUUGUUGGUGGUGUUUCUUUACUUCA